AUGAACCCCGAUGCGAGUUUGAUUACUGCGCUCGUAGAGCGGUGGCGACCCGAGACGUCGACCUUCCAUCUACCGUGUGGUGAGAUCACGAUCACGUUAGAGGACGUUGUUACACUGUCCGGUUUGGCGAUCGACGGUGAUGCCGUCGUAGUUGAUAUACCGGAUGAGGAGUGGUCGGCGAUCUGUUUGAGACUGUUAGGACGGGUUCCGGUUGAUCUUGUAGGCGGGGUCGCUGUUGUUAGGAUUGUUUGGCUGAGGGUUGAAUUCAGUCAUCUGCCGGAAGAUGCAUCACAGGAGUUCUGGGCGUGGGAGCGAUUCCCACAUCUGGCACCUCGAGAUUCAGAGACGAGGGCACAGGCCACCGAGGAUGCACAUCCACGUGGUCUUCGAUGGCUUUCGGCCAGCAGUCGUCAGUAUGGUGACCAGCUAUUCCAGUACAAGCUGUGGUUUGACGCGAUGGACACCGUGGUGUGGCAACCUUACCGUGAGAGAGCACUUCAUCUCAGAGGUAGUGUGAUACAGUCUGAGACAUUUCGAGCAGUAGUGCCACUUAUCUGCUUUUCAUCGGUGAUGUGGCAUCAUCCAGACCGCGUGCUCCGGCAGUUUGGCAUGAGGCAGCAUGAGCCUCAUCAGCCACAUCCUGAGAGUGAGGUUAGGUUUUUUCUUCGCCAGGCUACUCGUGGGCCAUCGCGUGGGCAGCAGUUGGUACACGCCUCCAGAGAGUCGCUUGAUUUUUGGAACCGUCGACACGAGUUUGUAGCGACAUCUUCAUACACUGAUGAGGAGUUAGCCUACCACUCGGAGCAUAUGGAGUGGUAUAGAGAUGUCACCAGACGUUCCGGCACACGGAGAGGAGUUGUAGCGGAGGCAUUGGUUAGUUAUUUGAUUUGUUUGCUUAAUUUGUUGUUAACUGUGUGAAAUAUCUGACAUUUUUCUCGUGUUUUUUAGUACGACACUAUCGAGCAUGCUGAGGUGAGUUUGCGUGACGGUGGGAGGGCUGGAGGGCUGACCCCUGACCAGUG